AUGAAAGAACACAUUAUAUAUCAGAAGCUUUAUGGAACCAUUCUCAUGUCGAGUUUUAUCUUUCUCUCAGAUGCACUCUCACUAAAAGGAAAAAGGCUGGAUUUUUAUGGCAAAGCUGACACAUAUGUAAGCCUGACCAACAAUAUUCCUGGACUAAGUCAAUUCACAGUAGGCCUUGACCUGCGAUUUGUGAGUGUCAAAUCAAGUGAUUGUAUGGCUUUCUCCUACAUUACUAAUAAUACUUUCCUGGGCAGAGAAGACAUAGAACUUGAACUCUCGGAAGAUCAUCAGCAGCUAAUCAUGUACAAAUUUGGCAAGACCAUUCACAUCUGUUACCACCUGAUUCCAUUUCAGUGGCACACAGUAUGGUUGGUAUGGAAUGGUGUGAAAGGCAGAUUAGAGCUCUUCCUGAAUAAGAAAAGGAUACUGAUAAUUAUGGAUCAACCACAAAACCUAGCGCCUAAUAGGACUCUGGUUCUAGGACAUUUUCUCAAGAAAGGCAAUGACCAGGUUCAAGGCCUGGUUCCUAGGUUCACCAGCAGCUUGUGCCAGUUUCAACUCUGGAACCACAUCCUGGGAAAUGAAGAGUUUAUGACGUGUCUGAACAGAAAUGUGUUUAGUUGGGAAAAAGAUGUUUGGCUUGUCAACAAGAUCAUUCCAACUGUUGAUGUGAAACUGAACUGCUUUCUUUCUGAAAAUAUAAUAAUUCAAGAAACAAGUACCACUGUUUCACAACAAAUAGACUUGACAACUCCAUCCCAAGUUACUGGACUAAAACCGCAAAAGACUGCAUAUUCUUCUACAGUGGUGUCUAAAAGCAUGCCUUUAUUUGCAACUGAUUAUACAACUCGACUGUAUUCCAAUACAACAUCUCCACCACUGAAAACAAUGAUUGCACCAAUUUUUUAA